AAAAGUAUCAUUUUAAAGCAUAUUCCUUCUGCCUUCCUGUUUGUUUUCCUUCUUUCCUGUUUGUUUUGCAGACAUAUUACUAACGCUACCUUGGCCAUUUUGAAGGGAGAGACAGUUCCACUUGAUGUGUUGCAGAUCAAGGGAGAAAAGGAACAGCCUGUGUUUGCACUGAGCGGUUUAAGAUGGGGAUCUUACAGAGAUGCGGGAGUUAAAGCUAGCAAGUACUGGUACCUAGGGCCUCUGAAAACCAAAGCAGCUCACUUUUUCAGUAUGUUAAAGGAGUGGCCUCAGAAACACCAAGCUGCUCUCAUGUAUCUGGGUCCAACUGAGAGACCUCCGGAAGAGCCAGAGGAGAAGCAAUCCAGGCCUCCUUUGUACGUGAGGCUUUACAGACGACUUCGCUUGUACUGGUCACCUCCACGAAAAGAAAUCCCCAAGGAGGUAGCCCCGGAGGACUGGCAAGAACUGAAGCUCUCCACCGUUGAGCUUUCCAUUGCAACUCAGAACAGACAGCUUGAUCUGACACGCACUGAGGACUUCAUGAAUAUUUGCAUUGAAGCAGAUACAGUCAGCAAAGGACAGUUUGUGAACAGAGGAAGUCAGAAGAUGCGUGAUCCACAUAUGUGUCCUGAAGGCAGUCAGUGCAUCCAAGCCAGCAGAUGCAUCUUGCAACUUCCAGAGGGCACUGAGGGAUCCUUUGGCAUCGAUAACGAGGAAUAUGAAGCUAUGCCUGUGGAGGUGAAGCUGUUACCCCGGAAACUCCGUUUCUUCUGUGAUCCCAGAAUGAGAGAGCAGAUGCUCCGUGCAGCCGUACAAUGAGGAUUAAUAUCAAAAAGGCCACUCUUCACCACUCCUGCCAUGUUCUCUUCAAGGCGUGUCCUCACUAACUGGAUUAACCCCGCCAGAUUAACAAGCCAUUCAGCUACUUUAUGCACAAGGUACUUCCAUUGAAGGUGGCUAUUUGGCUAGUCUCAAGGGGUUUGGAAGUGCAAGUUAGAAUUCUAAGAAUUGCAUGUUAUCUUCAUGGCAUUUUUUCACUACAGGUGAGUGUUGAAUGCCAAAUGCUACUGCUUUCAUGCAAUUGUAUAUUGAAGCAAAAAGAAAGAGUACUUGUCCUUGUGUUGUAAGAGUUUACAUUAUCUGUGUAUAGAUCUCAGGAAAGCUGGGAUCUUGGAAAAAUUUGUUCUGGGGGAGUCUAAUUCUAAGUAUGUGAAAUGUUGGAAUUGUUAUAUGAAACAGCUGAAUGGUUAUCUACUCUGACCCAAAAUAAAUUCGAUAUCAGUGACAUGAUUUCAAAGGAA